AUGUCAUUUGAUCCAGCCAACCUUGAUCCCAUUGCGGAUAAGUCUGUUCUUAUCACUGGUGGUUCAUCUGGUUUGGGCCUUGCCACAGCCCGUGCUUUUGUGGCUUCGGGCGCAUACGUGACCAUUGCAGAUAUCCAACCGCCUCCCGAAAAUACCGAAGCUUUCAAAGCGGCGAUCAAGUUCGCCCCAAGUCAUGGUCUUGACGUUGUUGCCCUUUUUGCUGCCGUGGACGAUUCACCCAACCUUGUCGAUCUCGUCAAGGCCUCUGACUCUCAGGCAAUAAAUGUGCCGCAUCAACUCAUCGCCAAUGAAAAAAAUGCUAGCGUUACUGAGGGUUCGUCUAAUGGCAAUGGGCCAAAUUUAGACAACCUUAGCAUAAAGUGUCUGGAUGUGAACUUGAAGGGAAUCUAUUACUCAACCUAUCUCGCCUUGCACUACCUGCAGCAGCCCGAAUUGGCACCCUCUUCUCAAACCUCGAUCUCGGACAAUCGCUCGACAAAGUCGCUGAUUUUGCUCUCCUCAUUGGGUGGCUACCUUGAUGACAGCCACGACAGUAUAUAUUCCGCCACCAAGUACGGCAUUCGAGGUCUCUUCCGCAGCAUUCGACUGCGAUCAUACAAUGAACUAAAUGUGCGCUGCAAUUUGGUAGCACCAUGGGUCAUCAGGACCCCGUUGACUGUCCCUCUCCAAGACUUCAUGGAUAAGAGCGGAAUGCCUGAAGGAAAGGGACUGACUUUUGCAACUGUGGAUGCUGUUGUUGACGCUGUGGGUCGGUGUGCCGUGGAUGAGAAUGUUGUUGGUCGCUCAAUUGCUGUUAUGCCUGAAGGCAACUUUGACCUCGGUGAUGAUGAAGAAGGACUCUGGGCAGGUGCAGCAUUAAAGAAAAUUGUGCAGGCGAGAAAGGAUGCUGGAGAUGUGAUUGUUUGA